CUCUCCUGCACGCAUUCUCUCGCCCCCCUUGCCGAUCUUAGGGUUUGGUUUCUCCGCUUCGGCUCCACAUCGCCUCGAAAAUGGAAGAGAAUCUAGAUGCUGCAAUAGAAUCCCUAUUGAAUGUGGAGAAGCAGAUGAGGCUUGCCGGUGAUGUGGCUGGCACAAAGAAAGCUGUUCUUGACAUUGUGGAGCUUUGCUACAAAGCACGUGCAUGGAAGACACUGAAUGAUCAGAUUGUUCUUCUGUCAAAGAGAAGAGGACAACUUAAGCAGGCUGUAACUGCCAUGGUGCAAAAAGCAAUGCUGUACAUUGAUGACACACCUGAUCUUGAAACACGUAUAGAGUUGAUCAAAACACUUAACAGUGUCUCAGCUGGGAAGAUAUAUGUUGAGAUAGAGAGGGCACGCUUGAUUAAAAAACUUGCGAAGAUUAAAGAAGACCAAGGCCUUAUUGCUGAGGCUGCUGAUUUGAUGCAAGAAAUUGCUGUGGAGACUUUUGGAGCAAUGGCCAAAACAGAAAAGAUUGCUUUCAUUCUUGAACAAGUACGAUUGUGCUUGGAUCGUCAGGAUUAUGUGCGGGCACAGAUAUUGUCAAGAAAAAUUAGUCCUAGGGUGUUUGAUGCUGAUGCUUCAAAGGAAAAAAAGAAGCCAAAGGAAGGUGACAAUAUUGUGCAAGAGGCUCCUGCAGAUAUACCUUCACUCUUGGAGUUGAAGCGCAUCUACUAUGAGCUAAUGAUUCGCUACCAUUCUCAUAACAAUGAUUACCUGGAAAUUUGCCGGAGUUACAAGUCGAUAUAUGAUAUUCCAUCUGUAAAGGAGGACCCAGCACAGUGGAUUCCGGUGCUUAGAAAAAUCUGCUGGUAUUUGGUGUUGGCGCCACAUGACCCUAUGCAAUCAAGUCUUCUCAACUCUACUCUAGAAGAUAAAAAUCUUUUUGAACUUGCUAAUUUUCGUUUUAUGUUGAAGCAACUUGUGACAAUGGAAGUUAUCCACUGGGCAACUCUUUGGGAGACUUACAAGGAUGAGUUUGAAAAUGAGAAGAAUCUUCUUGGAGGGUCUUUGGGCCCCAAGGCUGCAGAAGAUCUAAAGCUGAGGAUUAUUGAACAUAAUAUUUUGGUAGUGUCAAAGUACUAUUCGAGGAUAACCUUAAAACGUCUCUCUGAAUUACUAUGCCUCAGUUUGCAGGAGGCGGAGAAGCAUCUUUCGGAUAUGGUAGUCUCGAAAGCCCUGGUUGCCAAGAUCGACAGACCCAUGGGAAUUGUGUGUUUCCAGAGAGCCAAGGACAGCAACGACAUCCUCAACUCCUGGGCAAUGAACUUGGAGAAGCUGCUCGACCUCGUUGAAAAGAGCUGCCACCAGAUUCACAAGGAGACCAUGAUUCACAAAGCUGUUUUGAAGGCCUAGGUUUAAUUUAAUAUCUUGAUCGGAGUAUACUUUUUGUAUUGUUUCACCAGAAUGUGUCAGAUUUAAGCUGAUGAUAAUCCUGUUUCAGUAUUCCAAAUCUCCUCGGCUAUCAUUUCUUUUGCUGGGGCUAUUGCAUGUGGAAACUCGAGGCAUUCAUUCCUUUCAUAUAUACUGAACAAUUUCUACCAUCCUAUUAAUGCAACUGUCUUGUGUUUCUGAUA